AUGGUCUUGAAAAGUUGAGACGUUGGAGCCUGUAUGUUCAUGGUGGGAUUGAUGGGUAUUCCCGAACUGCAGUGUAUUUGAUUUGUGCCCCAAAUAAAACUGCUGCAACUGUUUUUGAUGGAUUUUGGAAGUCAACAAAGCAAUAUGGUAUACCAUCAAGAGUCAGAUCUGAUUAUGGAAAGGAAAAUGUUGAUGUAGCAGCAUUCAUGAUAGCAACUCGUGGUGAUCAUAGAGGCUCAUUCAUUGCUGGAAAAUCUGUUCAUAAUCAGCGUAUUGAGCGUCUACACCAAGAUACAUAUAGGAAUUGUAUCCAGCAUUUCCAUAAGCUGUUCUAUCAAAUGGAACAAGAUGGAAUACUUAAUCCAAGUAAUGCAGCGGAUAUAUUUUGUCUUCAUUAUGUAUUUUUGCCCAGAAUUAAUGAAGCAUUGCAAAUCUUUAGAGAAGGUUGGAAUGAACACCCACUAAGUACUGAAAGUUCUAAUACACCAAAACAGCUAUGGAUGAAAAGUGUACUUGCAAUAGAAAAUGCAAACAACACUGCAAUUAAGGACAUACUAGAUCCUCAACUUGUUGAUUAUUCAAUGUAUGGUAUAGAACCUACAAGCGAUGAACUAUUAAGUUGCCAAUCAGAUGAAAAUGAAGACUUGGAAAUCAAAGAUAUGUUGGGAAAUAAACUCAUCCUUAGUGAUCACAACAUGCAGAUUCUUUGUGAAAAUAUAAACCCUUUAGGACUAACUUCUGACUAUGGAGUAGACUUGUAUCUUACCACUUGUAGACUU